CUACGUGUGUCUACGACCCACCCAAAUGCAACCCGUCAAUCGCUAUCGAAUUGGAUGACGGAAUGUCGGUCCUAUUGGUCCAGAAGUGGGUCCAGGCCCCGAAAACCAAUGCCUUCUGCGAUAGUUCCACACAAAGUGGUUACUAUAUCUGUAGGCGACCUGAUUGCACAUCUUCACCCUGUCUUCAUGGAGGAACUUGUAUGGAGACAAGAUCGAGUUACAGAUGUCAAUGCAUGCACGGAACUAAUGGGUCCAACUGCCAACACGUUACAACGCAGACAUCUCCCUCCGUUACCACCACCACUCCAUCGGCGGAGCUUUCGGCAUCUACACAUUUGAUGACAACCUCGCCUCCUGACGUCCCAACUGGUAUCAACACUGCCGACAUGUCAACUUGUAGUCCUACUGAUUCAACUUGCAAUCCUACAGAUUCAUCAACCGGUUCUCCUACCGAUCCGUCAACCGGUUCUCCUACCGAACCGUCAACCGGCUCUCCUACCGACCCGUCAACCGGUUCUCCUACCGACCCAUCAACCGGACCUCCUACCGACCCGUCAACCGGUCCUCCUACCGACCCGUCAACCGGUUCUCCUACCGACCCGUCAACCACACCGCCAAGCUACCAAGGUAAAGAGUACGGCUUGUCUUCUAGCGCGUUCACCCCGAUGGCAUUCGAAGAUGCCCGAGAUGCCUGUACGGGACCGUUCGGCCAGCCAUCGGGAUACGAUCCUGGGCUUAUCGAACUGACCGACGACGUGGAGAAAAAAUUCAUCAUCGAUUUCAUUUCGGAGACGGCAAUUCCUUCCGGGUCAUCGCUCUGGAUCGGUUGUCCUAAGUAUCUGUCCGGUGACCCUGAACAUGGGUUUUACUGCUAUAACAGUAAUUACCGAUACUCAAGCAACAACAAUAUUGAUAUCGGCUACUGGGAUUGGGACACCGAUGAACCUAAGAAAAGUGGUCGUCGGUGCAUGGUCCUCAACCUCACCACACAGAAGUACAGGGCCGAGUAUUGUGACUCAGCAGCAGCUAUAGCACUUUGCGAAUGGACACCGCAAGCAAAUUAAUUUCAUUAAUCAAUAUAUUUAUCUGGCCGUUAUGAGGGAUACAUUAUAUGAACCUGCAGUUUAAUGCAUAUAGAACGGUAUAUCAAUGACGACAAAAGCAAUUUUAAUUUCGAUUAUAUACAUGUACAUGGAGGCGUGUACAGUUACAUUAUUUCAAUACCACUCAGAAACAUCUACUUACAUGUAGGUGAGAAAGUCAUAAAAAAUAGAUUCAGAUGUUUCAGCUGAAAUAUUGAGGCGACUCGAACUUUUAGUAAGAAUGAGUCAAUAGAAUAUAUCUCAAUCGCAGCACAGGUGUUGACAAAAAAUGAGGAACGCCAUCCAGACUUCGUCAACGAUGAUGAUGAUGAUGAUGUUGAUGAUGAUGUUGAUGAUGGUGAUGAUGAUGAUGUUGAUGAUGAUGAUGAUGUUGAUGAUGAUGUUGAUGGUGAUGUUGAUGAUGAUGAUGAUGAUGUUGAUGAUGGUGAUGAUGGUGAUGAUGAUGGUGAUGAUGGUGAUGAUGAUCGUGAUGAUGAUGGUGAUGAUGAUGAUGAUGAGACAGUGGUGAAACUCUAACCAGAUUUUUUUUGUCAACCGCGGUGAUGAGAAUGGCAACGCUAUAAGAAUAAUGACGCCUAACAGAUUUUCCUACCGUUGCAGGGGAAAUAUAGUUUUACGUCAUCCAUUUCUAUCACAAAGAGUGACAACACUGUUAGGGGAUUAGGUCCCAUGGAAAUAUUACAUUACAUUAAUAUACAUCUCUGGCAGGCACAAUCGAUUGUAGUAACAAAAAUACUUUAAAACAUAUCCUCAUCAAAUGUGGCGAUGAGAGGAAUAUUAAGCAUCAUCCGGACUCGCCAAUCUUCAUAAAGCAUAUUAAGACACAACCCAGACUGAUUAUGCUUUAUGUAGACUCGUCAUCUAUGAUGCCGAGAUGAUAUAAGAAGCCACCCAUACUCGUUAAGCGUGAUGGCGAAUAAAUGAAAGACGCCGCCAAGACUGAAUAAACCAUCUUGAGAAAUGUUAAGACACCCCCAUUCUCGAAGAAAACAUCUUGUCACAUGUGAUGGCGAGAGGAUACAAGACACCACACCGUUGAGAUUGCCUCAACAAUCGAAAUGAGACAUAACCAUACUCGUCACCUGCAUGAGACAGUGAGAGGACACGUUGUCCGAACUCUAUACGCACUCUUUCAUAAAUUGAAAUAGGCCCGGUUUUAGUAACUUGUGAAGACCCACCCUAUUUGUUGAUAAAUUAUGGC